CUUCGGUACGAAUUAGAGUCUUUUAUCAUCGCCUCUAAAAUUGGUUCGGACUUUUAUCACUGCCGCCUGACAUAAUUUAUGAUUUCUCCGGUUCCGAUUCGGGUCAAGAACUCUUAUCGGAGCUUCGUUUUUAGAUUCAUACGAUAGAAAAUGUGGGAGGGAAAGAGAGAGCACCCGAGGCUGAUUCUCCACAAUUUCAUCACCCUGGAAGAGUGCAAGGAGCUGGAGUUCAUACACAAGAGUUGCAGCACUGUUGGGUACAGACCCAACGUCUUCUCCACCACUCUCUCUCACCUCAUCGCCACCAAUUCUCCUCACCUCCUCAUCCCUUUCGUCUCCAUCCGAGAGAGGCUGAAAGAGAAGAUGGAAGAAGCGUUUGGGUGUGAGUACGAGCUCUUCAUUGAGUUCACUGGCUUGAUUAGCUGGUGUAGAGGAGCUAGCAUUGGGUGGCACAGUGAUGACAACAGACAAUAUCUUAAACAAAGAGACUUCUCGGCAGUUUGUUACUUGAAUAGCUACGGUAAAGAUUUUAAAGGCGGGCUUUUUCGCUUUCAGAGUGGGGAACCAGCAACCAUAGCUCCCUCUGCUGGAGAUGUUAUCAUGUACACUGCUGAUGACAGGAAUAUUCAUUCUGUUGAUGAGGUAACAGAUGGGGAAAGGUUAACUCUUGCUAUGUGGUUCACCCGGGAUUCAUCUCACGACGAAGAUUCCAACCUCAUUUCCCGUCUUUCUCAAUGCGCAUCUCCCGAGUUUCCCCUUCCUUUGCCUGCAUCCGCUAACAUGUACUGGUUCUGUCCCCAUCAACAUGCUAAUCUAAACACAGGUUUUGAUAUCUGCGUUGCGAGGUUGCAUCUUCUUGGUUUUGACGUACAUAGCUUACAAGAGGAAGAUCGUUCUCUAGAUGCCUCUGAGCAACUCAUGGGGCUAGUACAACUAGCUAAAGGAGGAGAGUUGCUCGCCCGGAAAUUUACCAACGUUCUUCACGCUCUUCAGGUUGUUCAGUUCUGCCAUUGGAAAGCUUCUGAACUCAAAACCUCCAAGGUCGAAUAUGACGAUGUAGAAGAGGUGAAAGCUAUGUCCCAACCUCAGUUAGAAACUAUCAAUGUCCUGAAUGCAGUUUUCCUGCCAGAUGAGGGCCUUGUAACCACUACCUUCGGAUAUUUAUGUUCCAAUGGGGAAGAGAAGGAUUCACUUAACUUGACUGAUGCAUCAUCCGCGAUUGCCUCUUGGGAAGAAUAUACUUGUAAGCUACUCAAGGAGCUAUUAUCAUCCUUGCCUCAGUGGGAAACGUAUCAUACUAUACACAAAGUUGAAUCCGGUUAGAAAUUAAUCUUUGAGUUAACAGAUCUUCAUGGUUCUUAGGACUUUUAGACCGGCCUGUUGUUUGGUUUGUUUUUUCUUUUACUUUUUAAUGUUUUUUCAAUUGUU